UGAAGAAGAAGUGUUACUACUGGAGUUUACUUCUUGAAUGACAGAAGAGGAAACAUUUCGGGGAUUUCAUUAUCAGGAGUUCCCUCAUUUCUCUCCUGCGCCGGCCGGCAGUGGUUUUCACCAUCUGAUUGUGAUCUCCGUUUGGAAAAAUGCGGGACCGUACAAAAGAAUUAGGAAACAAGGCAGAGGCUUCGGAUGACGACGAAGAAGGCAAAGCUCUGAUGAUCAAACCUGGAACAACUUCAGGCAAAGAAGAAAAGGAGAAUGAUGCUUUCUUCAAAAAGGUGCAAGAAAUUCACGAGGGUCUGCAGACACUCAAGAGGAUGGUGGCUGACCUGGAGAACAAGCAGAGAACCGUGCUGGGCGUGGCGCUCCCAGAAGAGAGCAUGAAGAAAGAGCUUCAAACUCUUCGAGACGAGAUCAAAACGUUGGCAGGCCAGAUAAACAGGAAGCUGAAGAGUAUUCAGCCUAAAAAGGGAGACGAUGACGACAAUUAUAUUCCAAUCAACGUUCGGAUGCAGCGCACUCAGCACGCUGUCCUGUCCAAGGAGUUUGUGGUUCUGAUGGGCCACUGUAACACCAUCCAGGCGCAGUACAGAGACCGGAACGUGGAGCGAAUACAGCGGCAGCUGAAGAUCACUGGCACCAAUGUGACAGAUGAAGAGCUGGACGCCAUGCUGGAGAGUGGCCAGACGGAUGUUUUCACACAGAAUAUCCUGAUCGAUGCCAAAGCCACAAAGCAGGCUCUGAAUGAGAUCGAGUCCAGACACGAUGAGAUCCUGAAGCUGGAGAAGAGCAUCACGGAACUGCAUGAAAUGUUCCAGUACCUCGCCAUGGAGGUGGAGGCCCAGGGGGAGAUGGUGGACCGGAUUGAAAAUAACAUCAAUCAGUCUGUUAACUAUGUGGAGAAAGCAAAGAAAAACACAGAGCAGGCAGUCACAUAUCAGAACAGAGCCCGCAAGAAAAAGAUUUGGAUUGCCAUCUGUUGUGCCAUCCUUCUCCUCAUCAUAGUCAUUGCAGUGGUCACCACUUUUGUGGGUUGACACCAAGCACAAAUGUAUCUACAUCAAGCUGACAGGAAGAACGGGUGAAUUUGGUCUGCGUAGAUUUCCCUCCUCCAUCCUAGUCUUCCUGUAAACACAGAUUUUCAUCUUCAAGAAGAGAUGUGCCCCUAAGUGCUGCAGUUUUUGACAGUCUCUGUUCCACAAAUCAGAGGCUGGCGUCACUGUUACUUCAGCUGCUCCUCCGUCAUGCAGAAGAAAAGCAAAAGGAGGAACAAUAAACGAGCUUGAGCAAGGCACGCUGCAGUAUUUAAACCCUGACACUGAUUAUUCUGUUCUCAGGGAAAAAAAAAACAAUAACUGUUGAUUCUUGUUACUCCUCUGCAUGAAAUUAGAGACCUUAAAGAACAAUUUUUUUUAGCCUUACAGGAAAGACUAAUAACUGUACAUAAUGUAAUGUUGAUGAUUUACAGAUGUUUUUGUUUCUUUUAACUUGAUAAUUUUUUUUCAAACUGCCUUCAUGUAACAAUUGUAAAUAUGUUGUGGUCCCUGACACAAAGCAGCAUUUGUAACACUAGUAAAAAGCUUGUAUUUAUAAUUUGAACAUAAAAAAAAACAAUCGCUAAUUAGAAAAGCCUUUAAAAUGGUGCCUUCUCCUUUAUAUCAACCUGGGAACAUUGUGUUUUUGCACCAAUGCUGUUAAAAAGGGAUGAAGUUGCUUUAAAUCGCGUGUUGUAACAUGGUUUGCCUCACAGCUGUACUUCUGUUAACCUUUUCCAGUCUGUCCACGACAUGAGAAACCACUUUAUUUAUACAGAUCUGUAACUAACUGCUUUAAUUUUACAUAAAGGAAAUGAUCUCCA